AAACAAUUACGACUUGCCCCUCCUUUUCUUUAAAAAAAGCAAAAAUCUGGGUUCCAGUGAGGCACUUACAAUGGAAGUGAAUGGGGCCAAUCUGUAAACAUUAAAAUACUCACUAUUUCAAAAGUAUAGUUACAAGACAUAAACAAUGUGUGUUAACAUGAUUUUAGUGUGAUAAAAUCACUUUCUAACCUUUUCUGUGUAAAGUUAAAGCCAAUUUUACUACCUCGUUGCCAUGACGAUGUAUUGUCAACAAACCCUAAAACAACUGUAAAAAUGACAAUUUAAAAAAAAAAUUAGCUCAAUUAAUACGUGUUUUAACAAAGGAAUUAAUGUAAGUGCUCUUAAAAAAUUAAAAGCUUCACAUUUCUUUAAACCCUCCAAAAACUUGGCCCCAUUCACUUCCAUUGUAAGCACCUCGAGUUCUGCUUUUUAUUUUAUUUAUUUUUUUAUUUAAAAGGAGGAAUGAGUCAAAAUUAUUUUUUAUGGUAAUCAACAUUAUGGCACAAAUGCUGUCGAUUGAGCUUAACUUGUAUUGAACCCGAAAUAUUCCUUUAAUUAAUAAACGCUUUUACAUUUUAUUAGAUAGAUUAUCCUACCAAAAUGUUCAACAAUGAAAGCCCUCUUUCAGAAUUCUAAAUAUUUGCAAGAUAAUAACAUUUAAUUUGAGACCACUGUUGAAUAGGCAGCAGGAUGGACUAUGGGCCGUGAAGGGCGUUUCAAUCAAAUAUUGCGGAAAAUAUAAUAUCAAUAAAAUGUUUUUAAUCAAAGGCACUUGUUAAAUACACUACUUAACAAACUUUUCAGUGAAUGUAAUUUUGCAUACUACAGAGACAAAACUGAAAAAAAUACGGGCCGAAAGAGAGAGCGAGAGCGCUCGUUGCAAAUCCCAUGGCAACAGCAACCAGAAAACAUGUCUAAAAUAGGGGGCAGUGUUCGCUAUUACUAUAGCAACAGGAAGACACGGCUCCUUCAAUCAGCUUUAGGAUUUGCUGAGAGGGGAAAAACAAAGCUCGAUUCUCUGAAAACCCCGUUAUUAACAGCAAUUAAAUAAGAUGUAUAUUUAAGUGUGAAGUCAUUUGUCUCGUCUCACUGUGACCGCGCACGACUUGAGUAGCUCAGCACAUGUAAUGUGGGACUCAUCUGAACUGAAACUAGCAAAAUAUGGCAAACAAUGUGUUUAUUGCUUUGUCUCUCUCGCUCUCGUUAGACAGCGUUAAUAUUUUUGACAGAUCGCUGAAUUAUCCGCUUCUCCCAAUGGCAGUUAUAGAAAUGCUGAGGCAGGAAUGAGACUCCACCUGUUGUUACACAGAGAGUGCAGUUUAAUAUAUAUUAAUAGAGUUAAUUUAAGGUAUAAGACAUACAUUUUUAUCUUUAAUCUAUGUCACAAUGAUAAUCACAAUGUUACUAGUUGAUUGUGUGCCGUGACAACUACUCCCCAACAGGUAAUUAGCGGAACAUAAUAAACAAUAAGUAAAUAAGCCAUCAAAACGUUGCUUUAAACCAGGGGAUAAUCUUUUUUGAGGUAACUGGCUAUACUUAAAAACUGGCUAUACUUUAAAAGUGUAAACAAAAUCAUCCGACAUGUGAAAAUAUAGAUAGAUAAAGAUGUAUAGUGCUCAUCUUCCGGGUAAAAACUAAACUAAACCGUAAAAUACACUACGUUAAAUGGGAAGAUGGGAGCUACGAAUAAUGUUACAGUGGUUUGUGUGUAAAGUUAUAUGUCGUAAACUGUGCGAUAUGAAAGUUUAACUACUUUCAGGAUUUACUCUCGGAAUGUUUACGUGAAACAUGUGCACGGAGAGUGGAAAACUGACGACCACUGGGAUGCGUCGUCUCUCUCCCGCCAGCCAAUGAGAGUUGACAACAGUUCCUCUCCAGCCAAUCGCUGCACGGCAGGUUCAGUCCAUCCAGCGAAUCGGCUAACAGCUUGAAGCGCUGAUGCAACUAACCUGCAACAACAGCCACGUAUCUCCUGGGUAGCAAAACGUGUUCUUCCUCGCUAGAAUAAAUGAAGUAGUCCCUGUGAAACAAUACACAUCUGAACGGCAGCGUAUUCGUGUUAUGAUAUACAUAUUUAAUGUAUAGCCAGAUAUUGCGAAUGUACGAUAACCAUCCCAACUCUCGUGAAUAGCAACUUUCAAAACGUAUUCUUCUCUCAAACCUCAAACCAACAGUCUUUCUAGAUAGGUAUACAAUGCCUACGGACUUUUUUCACGGAUGUCGAGGAGAAAAUGUGACAGCUAGAUCUUCUGGGCGUUUUCGCCGGUGCUUUAACUCGAGGUGUGAAAUUUAUUCUAGACCAAAACAUCCGUAGGGCGGAGGAAUCUAUAGCACAGGGGGUUGACCGCGUGACGCAGCUGGUUGCUAGGUGUGGGUGACCUGAUGCGUUGACUCAAUUAGCCGAUUCUCAGUCAUCAACUCCAUCACAACAAAGCAAGACCAGCAGCACUUCAGUCCAAGACACUCCGAAGGAGACAUGGCUUUUUAAUUCAGUAUUGUCCUCGAUCCUAAAGAAACACUGUGCUUUGCUCUUGCAUCGCACCCCAAUCCCAAAACAUUUCAGCAAGAAUGGAGUUUCAUAAUGCACACCAAGCCCUGUUUUCUGUGGCUCAACUCUCAAACUUCACUAUUUUGCACUGUAAGCUCAGACAUUUGAAUCGUAGGACCAACGGACAGGAUGAUGACUAUGUCAGCACCCAUUUGGAAGACUUUACUCGUCUGCCCGGCAGACCCCCUCACUCUCUCUCACCCACAGGCUAACCACAGCCAAUCGGAGGGGCGCAAAGGGGAGGGGCCAGAGGAGAGCCAGCACUUAAUUGGUGAUGGUCUUAGUGAUUGGAUGACGGAAGAAGUAGAUUUCUCCUCUUACCUCCCAGCCCCUCACUCCUCUCCCUCCCCAAAUGCAUCCCUUCCCCCCUCGCCCCUCCAGCAUGACAUCCAGGUGCCCUCAGAUUUGGAGGUCAUGACCUCUCUGCUGCAAGAGGAGCUUGCUCAGCUGGAGGAUUACUUCCUGUCUGAACCACUCCCAGAAAAGGCCUCCAAACUGGGCAAAUGUGACAAGGGUCCAACAGCAGUUGGUCCUCCAUCGUAUUACCAGUUGCCCUACACAUCAUAUUCUUCUUCCAACCAACCAGAAUCCAGCCCUCUACUUGUUACCCUGGCAACUGGGGAACUUGACUUGCUGAGCUUUUGUGGGGGUCCCAUUGGGUGUACCAAGAUUCCUAGACACACCCCUUACAGUUGCAGCCGCCCCAACAGCAACACCUGCAGCCGCAAGCGAGUUUCCGAUGGGGCGAGAGUGGCUGAAAGCUACGAGAGUAGCAUCUGGAGUUCCAAAGGAUGUUCCUCAGGUAACUCAGCUGUUGCACCUGGUGGUAGCUACAGCUGUGCAGAAGAUGAACGGGUGGUGGGCAAAGGCUAUUGCCUGGGCAGUGCGGUGGAGAUCAGAAGGUGCGCCAUUUUACCCAAAGAGGAGAAGAACUGCCGCUACACAGAAGAGGCCAUUUCCACAAGUAAGGUUGUUGGCGGCGGAUACGGAUUUAGUGGACCCAUUCAAAUUCCCCACAAGAAAGAUGAAAUGAUGAUGUAUGGUGUCAGAGAAGUAAAUUUAAGUGGCACAGAGAUGGAGAAGAUGAGCGAUGCAAAGAGUGGUUCUAGCGACGUGGUGAAGGCCAACAACACCUGGAAGUCUGAACCCAACGAAAGCUGUUUCCUCCAAGGUACACCCCAAGAAGAGGCCUACCAUAGCUUUCUAGGGGCCAUCAAUGACCCAGUUAAAGCAGAAAGUGCAGAGAUUCAUCGUCAACAUAAUAACUUUCACUGCGGCUUUCUUGAAGGCCAAGGCCCUGAUUGUUUGGGUGGUGACCGCCACAGACCAGAAAUGGAAUCUCCGUGUGCUAGAGGAGUCUGUGUGUUAAAAGAUCCCUGCAUUGUGAAACCAGAGCUAGAGGUACCACUUAUUGAAGGGAACCAAGGUGAACGCAAACAGAAGAAGAGAGAUCAGAACAAGACUGCAGCUCACAGAUAUCGUCAAAGAAAGCGAGCUGAGUUGGACUCAUUAGAGGAACAGCUUCAUGGUCUGGAGGGUAGAAACCGUGAGCUGCGGGACAAGGCAGAAUCAGUGGAACGGGAGAUCCAGUAUGUGAAAGACCUCCUGAUUGAGGUGUACAAGGCCCGCAGCCAACGCCUAAAAAAGGAAACCAGCACCUGACCAAAAGCUUGACCACCUGCAAGUAGAAUUGUUAGCAGUUUGAAAGGCAACAGAAUUUGAGUUGGAAUGUUUUCCGACAGAAUGUUUUAUGUUUUUAGGAUGUGGUGGAGGUUGUACUAUUGCACGUUAUUCAAUAAUUUAAUUUUUGUUACAAACUGACAAAGUCCAUCAACAGCUGCAGCACAGACAUCCACUUUCUCAGAAACAACUCCAAAUCAGUCAGUAUGCACUGUGAUUAUGUCUUGUCUUGAAUGACUGCUAUUUUUUUAACAUGGGUCUGCUUUCUUCAAGAGUGGCAUAAAGUGUCAUCCUCGUUUCCAUAAAUGAGCUUUAGCAACAGAGCAUUUACUGUUCAGGACUGACAGAAAUCAACAUUGAAUAAAUCUAGACCUUAAAUGUAUUAUCAUUUAUUUAGAAAAGGCUGGAAGGUAAUAUCAAAAUUUAGCAUAUGACCUGCAUUUAUCUUAAUUUAUUCAAAGGCUCUUUUUUAGUUGUUUAAAUUAUUUAUUAACAGUUUCAACAUAAUACCAAUACUAAUAAUGCACAACCAAUACAACAUUUGUUGAUGCUAUUAUCUUUACUGUUUUAUAUAUCAAUUAAGGAAUAAGCACUGAUAUUAAAAGCAAUCUAUUUCUCAGAUAUUGAGUUUCAGGGGAAGCAGUCCUCAAAAUGAAUUCACUCAGGAAUAAUGAACCUGAUCAUGUGUUUUUAAAUCCCCAAUUUAGAUUAGUCCUGCAGCUCAGGUAUACAAUUUAUGUCCAAAGUCAUGGAGGUAUGUCAGUUUGUAACUCAAUGCUAAAGACAUGGCACUGCCUAAUGUUAUGUGUGUGUUGAUUUUCUGUACUUUUGUUCUUGCAUGCCGAAGGUUUCAUGAAUCUUUAAAAAAGAAUGCUUUUUUUUUUUUUUGUCUGAAUGACAUGUUGAACAUAACUGCAAAAGUCUUUUUUGCUUAAAAAGUCCUAUUUUAUAUUCUCUUUGCUAACACGUUUCAUUAGAGAUGAAUGAGUGGAAUUUGAUUCACAAACCACUGUUUGGCCCAAUGUCUCUACUGUUAUUGCGAUAACAAUCAGGGUUUGUGAUUUUAUAAAACUUUUUUGCUCUAAUGCACAAGUGUGUGUUUGGGGACAGAAAAUAAAUCUUUAUAGGGAUAGCUUUUUAUAAUUAACUGAAAUGAUUGCGUUGGCUUUAGAUACCAAUUGCAGACUCCCAGCAUCUUAGCAAUAUUUAAUUAACAAUGUAAAUGUCUUAAAUUAUGAUUAUUGCAUUUUUAAUCUGCACAAUUCAUAAUUUUCAUGUUUACAAUUUAGUCGAUUUCAGGGGGUUUUCCUGGCAACCUGUCUAGUGAGUCUGAUUUGCUACUUGAUUAAAUAGGAGACAUGCAAAUAUCACAAUUACAACAAUAACAAAGAAAUCAGCAGCAAAUCGAGCUUUGAUUAGAUCCUCUGUAAUCUUUCUUUUGUGGCAUUUUUGCCGAAGUGUGGUGUGUACCUUACUACGUAGCAAUUUUACAUAUAUUAUUUAAUUCCUCUAAAUUAGCAACCUAGAUACUUAGAGAGUUUACCAUAACGACUUCAAAUAUUUUUUCCUUAUGGCGGUAUACAAUCAUGUUUCUGAAAUAUAGCUUAUUAUGCGCUGUGUUUUACGGCCAUAUGUUGGCAAUGUUUAUUUUUUAUUUUUAUUUUAUUCCCCCCCCAACAAACAACAAUUGAGCCACACGAUGUUCAAGGAGUUUACACCAGCUAUAAUACCAAGUCAUUUUGUACGAGGCAUUUCGAUGUAUCGUCUCCGAAUAGUUGCUUUGUGUUUUCCUGUUACCCUUUGUUUCAAAUAAAGUGAUUUGUUGUUUA